AGAGGGGAGAGGGAGAGGGCAAAGGAGGAGAGCAGGAGGAUGAAGGAGGACAGGGACCAGCUGGAGAGCAAGGUGGAGCUGCUGCAGGAACGACUCAGCCGCAGAGUCAGUGAUGUGGAGAAGAGCGAGGUGAAGAGGCCCCCUCCCAGAGCCAGCAGUGUCCUGAGACAGGAGGAAGAGGAGGAGAGGGCACCAGCGCCCUCUAGUGACCACAGACAGAAGUCCCUGCGUCUGCAGGACCUGCAGGACCCCCCUCUCUCCCCCCUCCCCGUGUCCAGCGACAGCAGCCUGGACGACCUGCGUCAGUACAUCUCCAACGAGGGCAUGUCCAUUCACAAGGCGCGCCAGUUCCUGGACAGGGAGAAUGGCCGUCUGAGCAAGCGCCAGUCAGCGCUGCAGGCAGCCCAGUCCAGCUGCCCUCAGGACCCCAGCACUCAGGAGAUGUUCCGGAACCUGCAGCAGGUAAGAGAGGCCUCUGAAGUGGAGAACUUGAUGUUGACCAUCCAGAGGGGGAACGUUCUCCUGAGGACCAAAGAGGAGAAACUGCAGCAACUGGAGAACUCCGUGGUGGAGGAGCCUCUGUCUGAGGAGCUGGCCAGGAUGUCGGCCGACAGGAAGGUGACGUUCGACGUGUCCGACUCAGACCUGAGCAGCGCGGACGGCCACACCGGCACCGGCACCCACCCGACUGUUCCGGCCAAGGUGCAGCAGUUGGCCGAGUCUCUGCAGCACAUUUCCGGGCAGCUCAACACAGUCCUGGGGGCGCUGGGGUCCCUGGCCCAGAGGCAGGCUCCCUACGCCCCCUUACCCCUCCCCUUGCUCCGGGUCACCCCUACCCCCACCCCGCUGUCCUUCUCCCAGCCCCUGGCGUCCCCCUCGCUAAGCCUCUCCGGACCCUCCUGGGCCUGGGGCCCCCACACCAGCACCCUCCACAUGCCCAGCACCACCCCCACCGCCGGGCCUCCUCUGCGGGGAGCCGACGGCCUGCUGAGCAGCCGCUGGACCAAGCUGUUCCCUGGGGUAGCUGUGGAGCCCAUGGCCUCCAGCACUCUAAGGACCAGCUCUGGGUACUCAGGGUACACUCCUCACAGUGAGCAGGCUCGUAGCCUGGCGUCCAGCCAGAGGUCAGUGGAGGUGGAUGGACAGAGGCUGCAGGGGCUGAUAGACGGCAACAAGAAAUGGCUGGAGACACGCAGGAAAGAUCCCACUGUGCCGCUGUUAACACGUUAUCGAACCCCCGCCACCAUGAGUGGACUAGUCCAGCUGGGUCUGGAUGACAACAACCAGAUCAAAGUCUACCAUUACUGAGGAGGGGCCCACUGUGGAGGGGAGGGGGUGGGACCACCAAGGAACCACAACAAGCAUAACCAGCAGUACUGUCACUGCAACUAUACACUUCUGAAGGGCUACUCUGGACCAGGGCUGGAACAUUGACUUAGUCAUACAGAGCUGUGUAUCACAGAGGGCUGGAUGGGAUGGAGUGUGUGUGUGUUCUCCUGGGGGGGGGGGGGGGGGGGGGGGGGGGGUGGAGUCGUACAGGCCGAACACUUCAAGGCUGUCUGCCAUACAGCAAAGUCAUUCCAUUCUGCUGGUUGACGUGAGGGAUGUUGAGAGCCGACACAGCACACGGUCCCUUGCUGUGGUGUGCCAGGAGCCGGCCUGGCCUCGUCUCAUACAGCGAGGAACUGUCAAGCUCGUCAUCUACUGGGGCUUCAUGUUCUACUGCUGGGAGAGAGCCUGGGAGAGAGCCAGGGUGAGAGCCUGGGUGAGAGCCAGGGUGAGAGCCAGGGUGAGAGCCUGGGAG